AUACUGAGGAUGUCAUUGAAUAUCCCUGGCCUACUGGUUCUCCUGGUUUUCUACAUAAUUAUAUUCCUGGUAGGAAUUUAUGCUGCGAGGAGGAGGAGGAGUACAAAUGGAGGAGUUGACACCCUGGAGUCCUCCAUAGUGGCAGGACGAAGCAUUGGAGCUGUGGUAGGGAUAUUUACAAUGACAGCUACUACUGUGGGAGGAGGCUAUAUCAAUGGAACAGCGGAAUCAAUAGCCACUGGUGGACUCGUGUGGACCCUGGCUCCAUUUGGAAUCUUUUUAGGGCUAAGCAUAGGAGGCAUGACUUUUGCCAAGAGGAUGCGGGAUGAGAAAUACCUGACGAUGCUGGACCCGUUCCAGGAAGUGUAUGGCAGCCAGGUGGUGUUGCUUGUCUACAUAGCCUCUGUUUGGGGCGACCUGUUCUGGACAGCAUCAAUAUUAUCGGCUCUAGGAACCAGCCUGAGUGUGAUUCUGGACUGGAGCCGUACCAUUGCUAUAGUGUCAUCGGCCACCAUCACUGUCGCCUACACCAUGAUCGGGCAGAUGAUAUCGGUGGCAUACACGGAUGUCGUACAACUCAUAUUCAUCACAGGAGGGCUGGUUCUCUGUGUCCCAUUUGUAUUCACCAACGAAAAUGUACAAAAUAUUGGUUCUACAUCGAGUGACUGGAUCGGCCAGUUUGACAACAACUCCACUAACCUGUGGAUAGACCUGUUCAUUGCCAUGACUUUUGGGACGAUUCCAUGGCAGGCUUAUUUCCAGCGUGUGUUGUCGGUUCAGAGUGGAAGGGAAGCUCAGAUACUGUCAGUAGUGGGCGGGGCCAGUGCCCUCGUACUUUUCCUCCCGUCUCUCCUGAUAGGUGCUGCGGCUGUCAGUGCAGAUUGGACGAAUACUAGUCUUGGCAUGUCGCCAAUGGCUGCUAACAAGGCUGAUAUGGUGUUGCCUUACGUGCUUAACGAGUUUACACCUGUACCCGUGGCUGUUAUAGGUUUAGGGGCCAUAAGUGCAGCUGUCAUGUCGUCAAUGGACAGCUCUGUCCUGGCGUCCAGCUCAAUGUUCACUAAAAAUAUCUACCAACAACUGCUUCGUUCAAAGGCCUCAAACACAGAGCUGAUCUGGAUUCAACGUGUUGCCAUCCUCGUCAUAGGAAGUACAUCCACAGUUGUCUCCCUUCUGGUGCCAGGUGUAUAUGGGCUCUUUAUCUUGGCAGCGGACAUUGUGUUUGUGAUCAUCUUACCACAGCUGAUCUGUGCUGUGUUUUUCAAAUGGACCAAUUGUUACGGAGCUGUGACCGGAUACGUCGCCGGGACAGUUUUACGCGUUGGUGCCGGAGAAUACAGUAUCAACCUGGAGCCGUUUAUAUUCUAUCCUGCGUAUGACGAUUCUGAGGGACAGAAUUUCCCAUUCAGGACUUUUGCGAUGGUUUCUUCCCUGUUAAUUAUUGUCCUUGUCUCGAUCAUUACUAACGAGCUUGGACUUCCCUGGACAAAACCUGCCAAUACAUACACAUUACAUUCACAAGAUAUUAGUUCCGAAUACACAUCGGAAAAUAAUACAAACUCCUUGUGUACAAAAUUUGACCAACAAAAUCGUCACCAAGGGUUUACGAACUGUGAUAGUACAACCUGUGCUGGUUUAGACUUAUCCGAAUAUAAGGAAGAUGAUUUCACGAACUGUAGCGUUGAGAAUCCUGAUAACGAUGUUACAGAUUCCACAGAAAUUAAAGAUGAUGAAUUUACGAACUGUAAACAAAAUAGAAAAUGGAUCUACGGAAUGAAUUCAUGUGAAGUUCUGAGAAACAAAGAGGAACAGCACCAAGAGCUUGUACAUUUAAACACAAACCACAUUUCUAACUAAACAUGAUGAUUGUUUUUUCAACACAUUGUUUCCAAAAUCUGUUUUAAUUAACCUUAUUAAUCAUAUAAUAUCAUUGUCCAAAAGAAAUGGGUAGGAAAAUGAAAUCACAAUGUUUAGCAUUUUACUGAACUGCAAUAUAUCAGUAUGCUUAUUACAAGGCAUAUGGGCUUAUUUUUAGACAAAUUAGUUAUUUCUAAAUGGAAUUAAAAGUUAUUUUGGUAUAAUAAAGAACGCAUAUCAGAUUUUGUUUUGGGGUAUUACCCUAAAUUUCAUUUGCAUAGAAAAAUAUUGAUUCAUUUGUGUCCUCAAAAAUUAAGUGAUAAUUUCUUAGCUAUAAUCGCUUUAAAUGGUAAUUAUUAAGAUGAUUACAUAUACAUUACAUAAAUAAUUAUGUAAUGUAGCAUAGUUUUAAAAAUUUACAGUGUUGCCACUUGUAGUGAUAGAAAAGCUGGACAAAGCCUGCAAUAUGAGAGAUGAGUGUGUUAAAAAGUUUAAAAGGAAAAAAUCUCAUGAUCAAAAUUGUUUGUCCUCAUUUUUUUUUUUAGUUUGUUGAUUUUUUGUUGUUAAAUUCAACGAUGUUUGUUGUUUCAUUUGCACUAUCAUGAAUCACUGUAAUUAACUCGUUUUAAUUGUUAAAAAACAUUUAACAGAUAAUUAGAAAAUAUCUCUUAUCUUGAUUUUUUUUUAUUGGGGCCAUAAUUUUGCUUUGGCCACAUUUAUACCCAAAUAAACUGAAGAAAAGCAGAUUUACUUGGGUAAUAGCUAGAUGGAUCAUUUUUGUCCUCUACAUAGUUCUUAAAACUCUACCACUCAGACCUCAUGUAUCCAUACACAUGUUACUUCAGAUCAUAAUUCUGUAUUUCAGUUAUAUAAUUAGAAACCAUAAAAAUUGUGAAGCAUAUAAAAUCUACUGCCAUAAUGAUUCUCAUUUGUUUGUUUGUAUUGAAAUAAUUUUUGUGAAAUCUUCUCAAUCAUGCCAGAUCUUGCAUAGCUUGGUGAUGUGUUGCUGUAUUGGUAUUUCCUUACUCUACAUAUACAUGUAUGUACUUGAUGAUUUUGGGGUGGCCUCUGUAGACAGAGGUACCGGUACUUUUUGACAUUGUGGUGGCCUCUGAGAGAGAUACCGGUACUUUUUGACAUUGUGGUGGUCUCUGUAGACAGAGAUACCGGUACUUUUUGACAUUGUGGUGGCCUCUAGCCAGAGAUAUAGGUACUUUUUGACAUUGUGGUGGUCUCUAGCCAGAGAUACCGGUACUUUUUGACAUUGUGGUGGUCUCUAGCCAGAGAUAUAGGUACUUUUUGACAUUGUGGUGGUCUCUAGCCAGAGAUACCGGUACUUUUUGACAUUGUGGUGGCCUCUAGCCAGAGAUACCGGUACUUUUUGACAUUGUGGUGGUCUCUCUAGACAGAGGUACGGGUACUUUUUGACAUUGUGGUGGUCUCUGUAGACAGAUACCGGUACUUUUUGACAUUGUGAUGGUCUCUAGAUAGAGGUACCGGUACUUUUUGACAUUGUGAUGGUCUCUCUAGCCAGAGAUACCGGUACUUUUUGACAUUGUGGUGGUCUCUAGACAGAGAUACCGGUACUUUUUGACAUUGUGGUGGCCUCUAGACAGAGAUACCGGUACUUUUUGACAUUGUGGUGGCCUCUAGACAGAGAUACCGGUACUUUUUGACAUUGUGGUGGCCUCUAGACAUAGAUACCGGUACUUUUUGACAUUGUGGUGGCCUCUAGACAGAGAUACCGGUACUUUUUGACAUUGUGGUGGUCUCUAGACAGAGAUAUCGGUACUUUUUGACAUUGUGGUGGCCUCUAGACAGAGAUACCGGUACUUUUUGACAUUGUGGUGGCCUCUAGACAGAGAUACUGGUACUUUUUGACAUUGUGGUGGCCUCUAGACAGAGAUACCGGUACUUUUUGACAUUGUGGUGGCCUCUAGCCAGAGAUACCGGUACUUUUUGACAUUGUGGUGGUCUCUAGACAGAGAUACCGGUACUUUUUGACAUUGUGGUGGCCUCUAGACAGAGAUACCGGUACUUUUUGACAUUGUGGUGGUCUCUGUAGACAGAGAUAUAGGUACUUUUUGACAUUGUGGUGGUCUCUGUAGACAGAGAUACCGGUACUUUUUGACAUUGUGGUGGUCUCUGUAGACAGAGAUAUAGGUACUUUUUGACAUUGUGGUGGUCUCUGUAGACAGAGAUAUAGGUACUUUUUGACAUUGUGGUGGCCUCUAGACAGAGAUACCGGUACUUUUUGACAUUGUGGUGGUCUCUAGACAGAGGUACCGGUACUUUUUGACAUUGUGGUGAUCUCUAGACAGAGAUACCGGUACUUUUUUGACAUUGUGGUGGUCUCUAGACAGAGAUACCGGUACUUUUUGACAUUGUGGUGAUCUCUAGACAGAGAUACCGGUACUUUUUGACAUUGUGGUGAUCUCUAGACAGAGAUACCGGUACUUUUUGACAUUGUGGUGGCCUCUAGACAGAGAUACCGGUACUUUUUGACAUUGUGAUGCCUCUAGCCAGAGAUAUUGAUUAGAUAGAAGCAGUCUCUUGAGCAGAGUUUUUAUUUUUUGAAUCAUUGUAAUAUUGCAUUUAGAGUUUGAACAUAUAUUUUAUUGAAUUAUGAUUGAAUGUAGGACCAACAGAGUAUUGUUUCUCAACCUUUAUACAUUAUAGUUCAGUGCUGUUUUUAGGGUUUUUAAGUAAAUAUUUGUCUUGUUAUACAUAUAUCUUACCUGAUGGUUUUAAAACAAUUUUCUAUACUGUUCUUGUGUUUUUUUUUAUUAUAUGACAUUUGAUUUGCUGUACAUUGAAUUAUUAUGCAUUUUCACUUGCAAUUAAAUUUCUACACUAAAGAUACAUAUCUAUGAUAAGUAAAACACUGAAAUUUGUGUGACCAAUCAGUUAAUUACUAUUAAUUAGUUUGAUAUCUUGUUCACACUGAGGUAAUAUGUUGCUCCCUACCAUGUCGGUUUGUGUUUCUUGGGAAGCUGUUUAACAGGCCGGCCUGUACUGUCGUAGUUGUGUCCUUGGGCAAGACACUUUACCUUAAUUGUUCUGGAUGGCAUGCUAUGGGCCACCUUAUGUUGUUUAGUGUGGUAGUCACCAACUACUACAAAGAUACCCCACCUUAAUGUGGAUGGCAUGUGUAAGGGCCUGCUUAUGUUGCGUAGUUAGGUAGUCAUUAACUACUACAAAGAGACCCUGCCUUGCUCUGGAUAUGGUCCUCCUUAUAUUGCUAAGUUAGAUAGUCACAAACUACUACAAGGAGACCCCAUCUUAAAAUAUUCCUGACUGUUCAAUUAACGCAAGUCACGAUGAACCCAGCAAACAAACAAACAAACAUCACACUGACUCAUAUUGUUUGUCAAUGUUAAAUAUUUACUUGUAAUGGUUACUAUUAGUUACACUGCAAAAAUUGUUUUGAUCUGAUAAAAUGAGUAUUGUUGUAUCCUUGUUUUGUAGAAAUUUUUUCCAGAGCUAGUCCUUAAUUAUACCUGCAACAGAGAGCAUGAUAAAUUAAAUUUAUUUCACUGCCUCUGUUAGGGAUCACACCUGGGACCUCUAGGUUACUAGUCUUAAAACUCAACCAGUCGAGCUAACGAGAAGUUCUCUCUAACCAGCUGGCAUAUCAUGGUUAAUAUGUACCAGAAUCGCUUUCCUUUUGAGUUUUAUCCAACAGACUACAGAUGAAUAUACCGUAUGCAUUAAGAGAGUCAGGUAAUUUGGGUCCGACGGUCAAGGACAAAGAAGAUGACCCUGGCUGUUAGUAAAGUUUAAAUCAAAUCAUACAAAUACUUAUUAUUGGUAUUUUACCUAUCAGUUGCAUUUAAAAUAUUAAUUUCAUUAAGCAAGUUUCCCAUAAAAAGAAUUUUACAUUUAUUUUAUUUUGUUAACCUUACCAUAGAUUUUUUUUUUAUUUCGGGUAGCAAUGCAAAUGUUAUGAGAUGAAAAUAAUACAAUCAUUCAGUCAAACCUGUCUAUAACAGUCACACAUUUGAGCAGAUAAAUCUGCCUUAAUAGGUAAGUAGCCUUUAAAUGUGAUGUAGCAUUUGGAUCCUAGAUAUGGCCUGUAUAGACAGGGUUUUGUAACAUAUAGAGUUGACCUUUAUAUACAGUGGAUUAUUUGGAUCCUAAAUGUGGCCUGUUUGACAGGAUUUUGUAACAUAUAGGAGGUGGUCUUUAUAUACAAUGUAGCAUUUGGAUAAUAAAUAUGGCCUGUAUAGACAAGGUUUUAUAACAUAUAGAGUUGAUCUUUAUAUACAGUGCAGCAUUUGGAUCUUAAAGUGGCCCAUAUAGACAAGAUUUUGUAAUGUAUAGAUAUAGAGGUGACCUUUAUAUACAGUCCAGCAUUUGGAUAAUAAAUAUGGCCUGUAUAGGCAGGAUUUUGUAACUUAUAGGAGGUGACCUUUUAGACAGGUUUGACUGUGGUUAAUUAUGAAUGAAUUGGGAUAUUGAAUAAGUAUGACAUUCCAUAGAACAGUGUUAUUGUUUGAUUAAUGAUUGAUUGUUAAAUUGAUUAAUAAAUUAAUCAAUGAAUUAUUUAAUUUUGAUAUGUAAUAAUUAUAUGUGCUAGUCAGAUAUAAUUGCAUUGGGUUUUUUUCUUUUAUCUUAAAUAACCUAUUUCAAACAAAAACUUGAAAUGAUUUAUGAAAUUUUGAUUCUUUUUGACAUCAAUGUAUUGAUGUUUAAUAUGUACUUUAUAUGAAGUUUACUUUUCAUACAUGCGUAACUGUUUUUGUUCACAAAACUAGUGCUUAUAAUUUUUUGCUGUGACAUGCAUGAUUUGUUGUUAUAUAAGUGCUGAAACUAUAUUGUUUAAGGCUAGUCAUCCGUGAUGCAUUAACCAAUAAAGUGUUAAAUUGUAAAUGCUGGUACUGUGUGUUUGAGUGUCAAGAACUAGUGCUUAAAUUACAUUGGACGUACUCUAGUCAUUAGUAACACAAGUACUGUACUACACAUUUUAAGUCUAUAGCAAUAUACCAUAGCACUGUUAAUCAGAUGUCAGUGUUGAACAUUUCGCAGAGAUGUACUAAACAUGACAAUAUGAACGGUGAUUCAGCAAUCAUUUAACAAAUAUACUUUUAACUGGAAAAUGCUCAUAUAAAACAUUGUUUUUAGUAGUUUUUCGAUAAUUUUUCAAUAAAUGGAUUUAGGUCAUAAUAUUUGCAAAAUGAAACAAGACCUGUUUUGGGACUUGUUGGGGGUUAAUACGCACAAAAUGAAGUGCUCAUUGAUAAAUGAAACAUUUGUAUCACAACCACUGAAUAUCUUGUAUUGUGUUGUGAUAUAAGAAGCCUGUUCAUUUCUCGCACUGAACAUGAAGGUGGAAGCGCAAUAUUUUAAUGUAAUAUCAACAUAAAUUGUAUUUGAUAAUAAAGUGAAAAGAUCUUUAA